AUGGCUUCCGCAGAAAUCUCAGCCGGUAUCUUCAGCUCAUUGUCUAUUCCGCUCCUGGUCUCGGGGCUGCUCGCCAUGGGCCUGCUUUCGUGGCUUCGACCGAGUGGACGGGUGUCGUUCUACCAUUCGAAAGACAAUGGUCUGCUGCUGGCAAAGAAGGCCGGCAAAUCCGGUGCCAAAGAUCAGAUAACGCUGACGGAUCUUUGCCGGACUGCCACCCCGGCGAAAUGCGACCUGAAUCCGUUUCUCUUCAAUGGUCAUUUGCAGACGGCAUGGACAACGGUGAAGCAUGAUCCCGUGCCGGUAUACUACAAGCGCCGGGUCUUUGAGGCGGAGAACCCGACCUUUAGCGGACAUUUCGCCAUGGAUAUUGUGGUAGAUCCAUAUGAAGCUCCCAAAGAAGGUCCUCUCACGGAUCCAGAGAGAAAGUACACCCAGCCGUCCGGUCUACCGGAGCGUACCUCGUUUUUUUCCGAGGACGAAUUCACUGCCUUGCCCUCCGAUGAUACGAAGCCUAUGCUGGUGGUUCUCCAUGGCCUAAGCGGUGGUUCCCACGAAAUCUACUUACGACACAUCGUUGCGCCCUUGGUUGCUGAUAAGAGCUGGGAAGCCUGCGUGGUCAACUCCAGAGGCUGUGCUCAAACCAAAAUCACAACUGGCGUGCUCUAUAAUGCACGAGCUACGUGGGACAUUCGUCAGGCCGUGAAGUGGCUGCGCAAGACAUUCCCCAACCGGCCUCUGUUCGGAAUCGGGUUCUCCCUCGGUGCCAACAUUCUUACUAACUAUCUGGGAGAAGAAGGCGAGUCUUGCCAGCUGAAGGCUGCCGUUAUCUGCGCAAGCCCUUGGAACUUGGAAAUCAGCUCUGUCAAUCUGCAAAGUAGCUGGAUCGGACUCGAAGUAUACAGCAAGGUCAUGGGUACCAGCAUGAAGCAGCUUUUUGAACAGCAUGUGGAGGAAGUCUCUAAGAAUCCUCGGAUCGAUGUUGAAACGGUGCGGAAGAUCACUUACUUGCAUGAGUUUGAUCGGGCCUUGCAAUGUGCACUUUGGGGUUAUCCCACGGAAGGUGCUUACUAUCGCGAUGCCACCUCCACCGAUUCAAUGCUUAAUAUCAAGAUCCCAUUCUUUGCGGUCCAGGCCGAGGAUGACCCGAUCGCCUCCGUCAAAGCUUUGCCGUUCCAGGAGAUUGAACAAACCCCCUACGGUGUCAUGAUGACCACAUCGUGGGGUGGCCAUCUCGGAUGGUUCGAAUAUGGAGGCGAAAGAUGGUUUGUUAAGCCGGUAACCAACUUCUUGAACCUCAUGGCCAAGGAAAUCGACCAUGAAGCCCCGUUGGUGGUUCAGAAUCCAGAAAACGUACCCUGCCAUAUUCAGAGUCAUCCUGGACCCGGCAAGGACCUUGACACGGCACCCAAGCCGAGCUUCAACCCCGUCCACCGCAAACUAUCUCUGAACAUCUUCCCAUCAAACUAG